GAGGUCAGGGGAGGUGCCUCCAGCACGUCCGGCCCAGAAGGGGCGGGGCCUUAAGGAAUGUACCCAAGUCCCACCCCUUACUCAGCCCCUUCCGUCGGUGCGGCGUAGGCGGUUACCAUGGCGAUGACGUAUAGUGGGCGGGACGGGGCGGGGCUAUGGAGAGGAGGAGGAAGAUGGCGGGAGGGCGGCUCUGAGGAGACCUGGGCGGCGGCGGAGGAGGAGAGAAGCUCAGCGCCGCGCCGCGCCGCGCCGGGGCCCAUGUGGGGAGGAGUCGGAAUCGCUGUUGCCGCCGCCGCCGUCGUUGCCGCCGCCUGGAGCUGCUGGACCGGAGUGGGAGUGAGGGGGAAACGUCAGGAUGAAGUUCGCUGAGCACCUCUCCGCGCACAUCACUCCGGAGUGGAGGAAGCAAUACAUCCAGUAUGAGGCUUUCAAGGAUAUGCUGUAUUCAGCUCAGGACCAGGCACCUUCUGUGGAAGUUACAGAUGAGGACACAGUAAAGAGGUAUUUUGCCAAGUUUGAAGAAAAAUUUUUCCAAACCUGUGAAAAGGAACUUGCCAAAAUCAACACAUUUUAUUCAGAAAAGCUCGCAGAGGCUCAGCGAAGGUUUGCUACACUUCAGAAUGAGCUUCAGUCAUCACUGGAUGCGCAGAAAGAAAGCACUGGUGUUACUACGCUGCGACAGCGCAGAAAGCCAGUCUUCCAUCUGUCCCAUGAGGAACGUGUGCAACAUAGGAAUAUUAAAGACCUUAAACUGGCCUUCAGCGAGUUCUACCUCAGUCUUAUCCUGCUGCAGAACUAUCAGAAUCUGAAUUUUACAGGGUUUCGAAAAAUCCUUAAAAAGCAUGACAAGAUCCUGGAAACAUCUCGUGGAGCAGAUUGGCGAGUAGCUCAUGUAGAAGUGGCCCCAUUUUAUACGUGCAAGAAAAUCAAUCAGCUCAUCUCUGAAACUGAGGCUGUAGUGACCAAUGAACUUGAAGAUGGUGACAGACAAAAAGCUAUGAAGCGUUUACGUGUUCCCCCUUUGGGAGCUGCUCAGCCUGCACCAGCAUGGACUACUUUUAGAGUUGGCCUAUUUUGUGGAAUAUUCAUUGUACUGAAUGUUACCCUUGUGCUUGCCGCUAUAUUUAAACUUGAAACAGAUAGAAGUAUAUGGCCCUUGAUAAGAAUCUAUCGGGGUGGCUUUCUUCUGAUUGAAUUCCUUUUCCUACUGGGCAUCAACACAUAUGGUUGGAGACAGGCUGGAGUAAAUCAUGUGCUCAUCUUUGAACUUAAUCCAAGAAGCAAUUUGUCUCAUCAGCAUCUCUUUGAGAUUGCUGGAUUCCUUGGGAUAUUGUGGUGCCUGAGUCUUCUGGCAUGCUUCUUUGCUCCCAUUAGUGUAAUCCCCACAUAUGUGUACCCACUUGCCCUUUAUGGAUUUAUGUUUUUCUUUCUUAUCAACCCCACCAAAACUUUCUACUAUAAAUCCCGGUUUUGGCUGCUUAAACUACUGUUUCGAGUAUUUACAGCCCCCUUCCAUAAGGUAGGCUUUGCUGAUUUCUGGCUGGCUGAUCAGCUGAACAGCCUGUCAGUGAUACUGACGGACCUGGAAUAUAUGAUCUGCUUCUACAGUUUUGAGCUCAAAUGGGAUGAAAGUGGGGGCCUGUUGCCAAAUAAUUCAAAAGAACUAGAAAUUUGCCACAAAUAUACAUAUGGUGUUCGGGCCAUUGUUCAGUGCAUUCCUGCUUGGCUUCGCUUCAUCCAGUGCCUACGCCGAUACCGAGACACAAAAAGGGCCUUUCCUCAUUUAGUUAAUGCUGGGAAAUACUCUACAACUUUCUUCAUGGUGACAUUUGCAGCCCUUUACAUCACUCACAAAGAACAAAAUCACUCAGACACCAGGGUAUUCUUUUACCUGUGGAUUGUCUUUUGUAUCAUCAGUUCCUGCUAUACUCUCAUCUGGGAUCUGAAGAUGGACUGGGGUCUUUUUGAUAAGAAUGCAGGAGAAAACACCUUCCUCCGGGAAGAGAUUGUAUACCCCCAAAAAGCCUAUUACUACUGUGCCAUCAUAGAGGAUGUGAUACUGCGCUUUGCUUGGACUAUCCAAAUCUCAGUUACCUCCAUGACUACUACGUUGCCUCAUAUUGGGGACAUCAUAUCUACUGUCUUUGCUCCCCUUGAGGUAUUCCGGCGAUUUGUGUGGAACUUCUUCCGCCUGGAGAAUGAACAUCUGAAUAACUGUGGUGAAUUCCGUGCUGUGCGGGACAUCUCUGUGGCCCCUCUGAAUGCAGAUGAUCAGACACUUCUAGAGCAGAUGAUGGACCAGGAUGAUGGAGUACGAAACCGUCAGAAGAACCGGUCGUGGAAGAAUAGCCAGAGCAUAUCCCUGCGCCGGCCUCGCCUCGCUUCUCAAACCAAGACUCGUGACACUAAGGUAUUGAUAGAAGACACAGAUGAUGAAGCUAACACUUGAAUCCUCUGAAAUCUAGAUGAACAUCCUUGGUUUUCCUAUUCUACAAUUCUUUCCUCGACCAACGCAACCUCUAGUACCUUUCCAGCCGAAAACAGGAGAAGAUACAUAACACAUUUUCUGAGCUCUUCCAGAUCGGAUCCUAUGGACUCCAAACAAGCUCACUGUGUUUCUUUUCUUUUAUUCUGGGUUAAUUUUCAUUUUCUAUUUUUAAAACAAAUAUUUACUUCAUUUUGCCAAUCAGAGGACAUUUUAAGGAACACAAACAUAGUAUCAAAUGGAUUGUUUACAAUCACAAGGACACAGAUACCUAUCAGGAUGAAGAACAGGCACUGCAAGGACCCUGUGAUGGGAUGGUACUGAGUUACCUUGGCUUCUGCUUGGCCCAGUUUUGACUGGUUGAAACCGGACAUUAGUUUUUAAAUUUUUCGUCCGUUUAUGUGGAGAAUUUUUUCCUUUCCUUCAUACCCAGCGCAAAAGCACUGGCCGCACUUGCAGGGAAAGUGCAACUUAGAGCAGUACCUUCAUUCAUGAAGCUACUUUUUAAUUUGAUGUAACUUUUCUUAUUUUG